UUGUGGCCUCUUACGAUGGCAGGCAUCCUGUUUGAGGAUAUUUUUGAUGUGAAAGAUAUUGACCCAGAAGGCAAGAAGUUUGACCGAGUGUCUCGCCUGCACUGUGAGAGUGAAUCUUUCAAGAUGGACCUCAUCUUAGAUGUAAACAUUCAGAUUUACCCUGUAGACUUGGGUGACAAGUUCCGAUUGGUUAUAGCUAGCACCUUGUAUGAAGAUGGUACCCUUGAUGAUGGUGAAUACAACCCCACAGAUGACAGGCCUUCCAGGGCUGACCAGUUUGAGUAUGUAAUGUAUGGGAAAGUAUACAAGAUCGAGGGUGACGAGACAUCUACUGAAGCAGCAACACGCCUCUCUGCCUAUGUGUCCUACGGGGGCCUGCUUAUGAGGCUACAGGGUGAUGCCAAUAACCUGCACGGCUUCGAGGUGGAUUCCAGAGUUUAUCUGCUGAUGAAGAAACUGGCCUUCUGAGCCUCGUGGGAAGCCAGCGUUGCUGCUGGGUCACCCAGGUCAUGGACACUGAAGCCCGAGUAGAAGUUGCUGUGGUCCCUGCGGAGGAAGGACUGGCUCUGUCUGCAGUGGUGCACCUUCAGAGACUCACUUGGCCAGUGGAAGGCCUACUGGGGGAGCUGAAAAUGAAUCAAGUCAUUUUGUGGAUGUGUUUUUUAAAUUAAAACCUCACUUUUUCAGAUGGUUCCCUUCCCCUUUAAAAAAUUUCCAU